GUCGUCACCCCUCGGUCGUCAAUCAAUUGCCAUCCCUCGGUCGUUACAUCCUCGGCAUUGGCCAGCGCCCCAAAACCAUAGGGUGCACCCACAGCGCCAACGAGGAGGCUUCAUCCGAGGACAAAUGCCAAGUCGCGGCCGCCGAGCACUUCAUCCACGACGCGCCGGGCACAUACCCGCGCCUCUGCCGGCUGUCUGACGGCCCCGUCCUCUGCUGGCUCGGGGAUGUCAAUUGUUCUUCUCACAAGAAUUAGAAGCGGCGGGCCAAGCCACGAUGCUCCUCGUCAGCCCGGACAGGGGCCGCACGUGGUCUGCCCUGUGGCGGUAACGGGUGCGGGCGAGCGGCUGCGCGACGGGAUGGUGGGCGUUGCCUCAACACGCGACCGGGGCCGCGAUGCGCUGGUCAUGGCGUUAGAGACGACGCGCCGUGGCACCUUCUCGAUCGAGUGUGUCGUGUCGUACGACGACAGAGCAACCUUUGGGUCGCGCCAGACGGUGUAUGCGGCGAGUCCAGGACGUAAUGCCGGUGCGCCGCAGAUUGCGUCGUUUCCGGACGGGACGUUGGCCGUUGUUUUCAUGACUGACGAGCGAGUUGAGGGGGUGCCAGACUGGCCGAGGAAGGCUGGUAUUUCUGUGGUAUUCGGUGCUCCGCCUCGUCACGAGAACAUAAAGUGGGGUCGGAAGCAGAUCGUGAGCGAGAUGGGAGCAUGGCCUGGAGCCGAGAGGGUUGGAGACGGCGCAGUGCUGGUAGCCUAUGAACACAACGGGAACGUCCACGGCCGUUUGCUCUUCUCGGCUUAGGGAGCGGGCGGGCAGUCUUUCGCACGGCCUAUGAAGAAAUGAGGGGUGGUGGGGCUUUAUCCCCUUUAGGAAUGUCUUUACAUGAGCCGGCUCUUCACGGGGACAAACAUUACCCAAGAACUUCCGACAUGAUGAUAUUCUCGGUCUCCGGUCUACCGACCGCUCACCGGGGGCCGGGUGGAUUUUAAACAUGGGCUAUUGCACGUUGUUUCCAUUUCGUAUUUGUAAUGCAAGACUCGCCACGACGGCAGCGGUGGACUCCAUGACCCGAAACGGCUCGGCCGUUGACAAAGCCCUUCGGACAAUCACAUCACCACUGAUGACGAAAGUCCUGUGCGAAGCUUGAGCGCAUUGUUUCUCGAGGAAAUGUGCUCGUGGAGGACUGUUGGGGUGGCGGUUCGGA